CAGUUGCGGUCGUCAGACAACAUGGAGAGAUUUACGUGGACGGCGGUCAUACUUUUGGUCAAGUUAGUGGUCACUUCAGCCGAGACAAACUGUGAUCAGUCGUCAAGUGUAUGGCUCCAGGACCGGGAAAAUGGCGUGGGAUGUGAGGACCAGUUUCCUUCCUGUGGUUACACUCUACGACCACUGACGGACGUGUUCGGUGCAGAAGUUGUAGACGUGGAUCUCUCAUCUCUUGACUCAAGCUGCGCAAGUGCACUCCGACAGGAAGCGUACAUGUACAAAUUUCUGUUGUUUCGGGAUCAAGAUUUAAGCUGGCAGGACCAGAUACGUUUCACAGAACUCAUGGGUACACCAUUUAUGGAAACCGCGGCUGUAAACAGGAAAUUCCACCCAAAGGUCCCGGAUGGUCGACUGGGUUAUUUCUCGAAUGACCCGAAUGAGGGCCUACAAGGCCAAGGGACAGAGGGGUGGCAUGUAGACGGAAAUAUAGUCUCCGUCCCUCACAAGUUUACUAUCAUAUACUGUGUUAGUGCCAGUAAAAACGGCCCUACACUCCUUGUACCACUGAAACAGAUAGUCGAUAUGCUCAGUCCGGAGGAAAGGACAUUCCUGGAUACGAUAUCUUUUGUAAGUGGCCACAACUCCAGUGUAGUAAACCCUCUGAUAUACAAACAUCCGGACACGGGCGAAGAUACAAUAAUGUUAGCAUUGGGAAUACUAUCAGGGAACUACAUUCAAAAACAAGAAAAUGGAGAAGAAAAAGUCCUGUCCAAGGACGAAACCAAAUACAUACAAGACAUUCUUGAGGCCAAAAUACUAGGUUCAAAUCUGAUCUACUCGCAUCAAUACAAGUCCAAGGACUUACUUCUUCUCAAUAACCCUUCGAUCGCACAUAUAGCUGGCCCGGGGUCACAGAGUGCAGUUGAAUUUUCCGGUCUUCGCCUGAUGCACCGAUCUACCGUCCGCGGGGAGAAACCGCCCAGUAAGAAAACGUCCAUUCAGUAUGCAUGCGACACGUUUGCCCCACACGAGGACGGAUAUUGUUUAUUUUCGUUGAAGGACUCUGUGUUUUACCCAAGAUACGGUGUCUUUGAUACGAAAGACGUGGCCAGACAAAGAUGUGAGGGAGUGAAUGCUCAUGCCGAUUUAGCGGUCAUCCCAAAUAAAAAAUGGAACGAUGUUGCGAAGAAAAUCAUUGCACGCACGCGUGUCCCCCAUUGGAUUAAUGGAACAAACUCAAGUGAUGAUUACGUGUUUUGGAGUGACAUCAAAAGUGAGUUUACAAACUGGAACGAAGGCCAACCGAACGAUAAUGAUGGACCGGAAGAAUGUGUUAUGGUCGGGCCGUUCGGUGCCUGGUACGAUAUACCAUGUGCGCCGAAUUCAAAAGAAGGAGCUGACCCCGGACCUGUGAUCACAUGGGAGGACGGGGUUAGGCGGAAGUACAAUGUUUUCCCACUUUGUGGGGUCAAGGAAGUUCAUCUGUGAACCCGACUGUAUGGAACGAUACAGACGUUAAGCAGUUUAAUUGAAAUACGCAUGUUAUGAAUGUUAUCAAUGGAUAUAUACGGUACGCUACCUCACUAAAAACCCACUAGGUGUUGAUAUGGACUUUUCGAUCUGCACAUUAAAACAAUUGCAGAACUGCCAUACGGCAAUUAAAUGUACUUCUGCAAAACAGGAAUAAAUCUGCGCCAGAACAGAUGUUUAAAGCACA